GUUCACAUCCCGUCUUCGUACUUCGUUGCUUCGUUCCGCUGAGAUUAUUUUGGCCGGUGAAUUUUGUUAGAAGUUUCCUGCUCCUCAGCUUAAGUGCCACAAGAGCGUUUGGUAAAAGAAAAUAACACAAUUGAUUUGUGUUUCAGCGGUUUAGUUUAUUUUCAAAAAAUAUUACUCGAAUUGUAAUUUUAACACAAAAUGUCCCUGAAAUUAGCCGUCGUGGUGGCACUCCUUUGCGUUUUUGCAUCGGUAAACGGCGCUGAAGAAGAUGUUCUGGAACUUACUGAUGACACCUUUGAUUCAACAUUGGCACAACACGAAACAACGUUGGUCAUGUUCUAUGCACCAUGGUGUGGCCACUGUAAAAGACUGAAACCCGAAUAUGCCAAAGCUGCUGAGCUUCUUCGUGGUGACGAUCCACCAGUUGCUCUUGCUAAAGUCGAUUGUACCGAAGGUGGAAAGGAAUCUUGUAAUAAGUUCUCGGUUAGUGGAUAUCCAACUCUGAAGAUAUUCCGCAAUGGAGAAGUUUCUCAAGAUUAUAAUGGUCCACGUGAAGCAGCUGGUAUUGCUAAGUUCAUGCGAGCACAAGUUGGCCCAGCAUCAAAGGAAAUCAUUAGCGUUGAAGAAUUCGACAAAUUCUUAGCCGCAAAGGAAGCCGCGAUAUUUGGUUUCUUCGAAACAGAUUCAAAGGUGAAGAACAUUUUCACUAAAUUUGCUGACAAAAUGAGGGAGAAGUACCGCUUUGGACAUUCCAGUGCAAAGACUGUUUUAGAAAAACAAGGCGAAACUGAUGCCAUCAUUUUGUUCCGUGCACCACACUUGGCAAACAAAUUUGAACCAUCUUUUGUUAAAUUCGAUGGAUCUUCUGAAUUGGACCUGACAAACUUUAUCAAAGCUAACUUCCACGGUUUGGUUGGCCACAAGACCCAAGAUGUUGCCAGUGACUUCAAGAACCCCAUUAUCACUGCCUACUAUUCUGUCGACUACGCCAAGAACCCCAAGGGAACCAACUACUGGAGGAAUCGUGUUCUCAAGGUUGCCAAGGAGUUUGUUGGACAGCUUAACUUUGCCAUUGCCGCUAAGGAUGAAUUCCAACACGAAUUGAACGAGUACGGCUAUGACUUUGUUGGAGAUAAGCCAGUGCUUUUGGCUCGUGACGAAAAGGGCUUGAAAUACACCAUGAAGGAUGAGUUCUCUGUUGAGAACUUGCAAACGUUUGCCCAGAAAUUGAUUGACGGAGAGUUGGAACCCUACAUUAAGUCAGAGCCAAUCCCAGAGAGCAAUGAUGCCCCAGUUAAGGUUGCCGUAGCAAAGAACUUUGACGAACUCGUAAUCAAUAACAACAAAGAUACACUCAUUGAGUUCUAUGCACCAUGGUGUGGCCACUGCAAGAAGCUCACUCCCAUCUACGAAGAACUUGCCGACAAACUGCAAGGCGAAGAAGUCGCCAUUGUAAAGAUGGAUGCCACCGCUAACGAUGUCCCACCAACAUUCAAUGUCCGUGGUUUCCCAACUCUGUUCUGGCUGCCCAAAGACGCCAAAGACAAACCAGUUUCAUACAAUGAAGGCCGAGAAGUCAAUGACUUCAUUAAAUACAUUGCCAAGCACGCCACCACAGAACUGAAGGCCUACGAUCGUAGCGGAAAGCCGAAAAAGACCGAGUUGUAAGAAGAUUGGCGCUCGAAAAAUAAAACAUCCAAUCAAUUGUAUUUUCAGUUAAGUUUCAUAAACACUAAGUUCCACAAAUCGAGUGAAAUAGCAUAUGUUAAUCAUUGUUGGACACUGGUUUUUUAUUAAACCGCUCAUUUUAAAAACGUAUAGUCAAGUCAGUUUUCAUUUAGUUUCUUUUUUUGCUUUUAAUUGUCGUUAAAAGUCGAUGUUUGUGUUAUCAUUAAAAAAAUUCCAUCUAUCGAAACAGACUUGAAAUAACUUUUUUACAUCUAAUUUAAUCUUAUUUGUAAAAUGUUAAAUUAUCUUAACACUUUUCCAUUUUAUCAGUUAGUUUUUUUUUCUGGAUAAUGAAUAGUGAUAAAACAGAUAUUUAGAAUAAAAAACAAUAAAAUCUUUUAUAAUAAAACAAAUUGGAAAUUA